CAGGACUUGAUCCCAUAUACCAGGCUUGUUUCCCUGCCCUCGGACUUGUUGGAACAGGACCGCUCUUCCAGAGUGUCACACCCCGUUAGGCUCCAGACCACGGACUCCUGAGUCCAUACCACCCAGAAGGAUAUCCGGAUUGUUUUUUGCAGUUUUCUCUUGCUGUUCUACUCCAUAACCAUGGCCGGAAGUAUAUUGCGAAACUGGUUCGUGCCCAAGGAUGGCAUCAACCGCCAGGUCAUCUCUGCAGACAUACAGAAAUAUCUAGGCAACGAUGCGACCAUCCGUCCAGGAAAGGACAAGGUCAACAAUAAAGAGAUCGAGGGUUACUGGAUCAAAGCAUACAGAAAUCUCACUUCAGAAAUGAUCAACGACCUUCGAAUGGCCUCGACGAAAUGGGAACAAGAACAGCGUUCCGGCAGAAGAGGCGCCUACGAAGAUUCACACACAUACAGACAGGCUACCAACACUGGACCUCCUAACGGUAACGGUGCUUAUCGCGCUAGCACAAACUCACCUCAGCUUGACGGAGCCUACCUUCCUCCUAAUGGUCAUGUUCCUCCCCAUGUUGCCCAAAGGAUCCCCAUUCCGGACAUGGCUUCUUCCCCUUAUGAGGAUCCCAGAUCCCGGAUGUAUGGCCUCCCUCCACACUCCGGCGCUCCUGUGACCACAGGUUUUGGUGACCCUUCCAUGUACGCUUCGCACCAACCCAGGCAGGCACCUAACGGAUACGCACCCCCUGGAGAGUUCUAUAAUGGCCCUCCCGGAUAUGCCCAUGAUGUUCCGCCACCCCACAUGAGAAACCCUCCCCAAUAUCCUCCUCAAUAUCCUCCAGGUCACAGAGAUCCCAGGGAUGAAAUUAGAUAUGCUCAGGAGUACCAGGACCCAAGGGGAUACGCCAACUACCCUCCGGUAUCUGUCGCGCAAAAUGGAGGAGCCUCAAGUCCUCAGACCACAAGUAACUAUCCUCAGCCUCGUAUGCCGCCGCAAUACGAUCAAUACGGACGUCCCUACGCUCCACCAACUCCAAUGCCUGAUCAGUCUUACACUCGUCCAUCGCCCUCUGUGGAUUCUUCCUAUGGACGUGAACGCCCAUCUGCUCCUCCAGGUGCGGACCGUGGCGCACCUCGUCGUAGGAUUAACUAGAAUCGUGACUGGUUAUGUGUUGGUUCCGCUUCUCCAUGACGGUGCUUCCGGAGGUCCGUCGCCGCUGUUCUCUGGAUCUUUAUUCCAUGUCUUUGUUACCAUUCCGUUGGAGAUUUAUUGCGCAAUGCUUUUCAUGGCCCGUCCUCCUACCUUUGGAUACUCUCUGGUAGCAUUGGUGAUUGGC